AAAAGAGUCCAAAGAGAACCCCAAGAAUUACGAAGAAUGCCACUGUCUCCAACCUUUAUCCACGUCUCUGUCCUUCUCAGUCUUCUAUGUACGCUCCUGCUCUGUCCCUUUCUUCAAUCCUUCUCUCGCGUUUGCCUUUAAUGUCUUUCUAACAAUGCCUUCAAAGUUCAAACCGCGUUUUUCAGGGGCUUCUUGGUCAUCUUAUCCACCUAAACUUUGCCCUUUAAAAACGUUUCUUUAGUGACCUGAUCACAUCACUGUACUUCUGUAGCAGAAAAGUAAUGGAAGACAACGGCGAAGAGAAAUUGAUAGCGGUGGCGCGUCACAUAGCCAAGACUCUGGGCCAUAAUGAAUCUAUGGCUGAUGAUAUUUUGCAGAUUUUUUCCAACUUUGAUGGAAGGUUUUCCCGUGAGAAGUUGUCGGAGAAAAUGGCCGGAGCUGCUGGUGACGAUUUGAGAGCCUGUGCUUCUCUCGAACAGACGCUUGGGUCUUUGGAACGUCAGAUCUCUCAGUACGUGGUCGCUGAUCACCCGAUCUGGGCUGAUUCUGCUGAUUCCUCUGCAUUCCUCGACUCCAUCGACGAAUUAAUAGCCACGAUCCGAGACUGGAAGCCAAUGGCCACCGCUGACAAAUCCAUCAGCGCGUGUAUAGUACGCGCCGAGGACUUUAUGCAGCAGGCUAUGUUUCGGCUGGAGGACGAGUUCAGGCUCUUGAUGGAACGUGGGUGCGAGUCGUUUGAACUGGCGCCGCCAUAUGCCAAUGGCGAGUCAACGGGAAACCUGUUGUUUGAUUCAGAUGAUGACGAGGAAGAAGCGAUUGUGACAAACGGCGAGGAUCACAAUCAGAUCCCUGUGGCGCAACCUCUUACCGACUAUGAUAUUGUGAUCGACGCGCUUCCGUCGGGGACGAUCAACGAUCUUCAUGAGAUCGCUAAGCGAAUGGUGGCCGCCGGUUUUGGUAAAGAUUGCUCACACGUGUACAGUAGCUGUAGGAGAGGGUUUCUGGAGGAAAGCAUGUCGAGAUUAGGGAUGCAGAAAUUGAGUAUCGAAGUUCAGAAAAUGUCGUGGCACGACCUCGAGGACGAGAUUGAUAAGUGGAUUAAAGCAGCGAAUGUCGCGCUACGUAUCCUCUUCCCAAGCGAGCGUCGCCUAUGCGAUCGCGUGUUUUUUGGGUUCUCAUCUGCUGCUGAUUUGUCGUUUAUGGAGGUGUGUCGGGGAUCCACGAUUCAGAUUCUGAAUUUCGCUGACGCGGUGGCUAUCGGAAGCCGGUCGCCGGAGCGUUUGUUUAAGAUUCUGGAUUUGUUUGAGACGUUGAGAGAAUUAAUGCCCGAUUUUGAAUAUAAUUUCUCCGAUCAGUACUGUUUAGUUCUUAGGAAUGAUGCUGUUACAAUAUGGAAGAGAUUAGGAGAAGCGAUUAGAGGGAUAUUUAUGGAGCUGGAGAAUUUGAUCCGGCGAGACCCUGCCAAGGCUCCAGUCCCUCGUGGUGGGCUACAUCCCAUCACAAGGUACGUGAUGAAUUAUCUACGUGCUGCUUGUCGAUCCAGAGAGACGCUGGAACAAGUGUUUGAGGAGAAUGUUAAUGUUGUUCCAUCCAAGGAUUCGUCUUCCUCCUCAUUGUCUGUCCAAAUAGCAUGGGUUAUGGAGCUAUUAGAGAGUAAUUUAGAGAUGAAAUCUAAGAUUUAUGGGGACUCUGCUUUGUGCACUGUUUUCAUGAUGAAUAAUGGAAGGUAUAUUAUACAAAAGGUCAAGGAUAGUGAAUUGGGUUCUCUUCUGGGUGAUGAUUGGAUUAGGAAACAUACAGCAAAAAUAAAGCAACUUCAAAUGAGUUAUCAGCGAAUCACAUGGAACAAAGCCUUGGGAGCGUUGAAAGCUGAUAAUAGCUCUGCAGUUCCUAAUGUUGCAGGGAAGUUCUUGCAUAUGAAAGACAAGAUUAAGUUCUUCAAUUCCUACUUCGAGGAGACUUACAAAAUUCAAUCCCAAUGGAUAAUAUUUGAUGAGCAGCUAAGAAAGGAGAUGAGAAUCUCUUUGGCCAACCUUUUGUUGCCAGCGUAUGGAAACUUUAUUAAAAGGUUCCAGAAUUCUCCAGAAGUUGGGAAACAUGCUGACAAGCAUAUCAAGUACACUGUGGAAGACAUAGAAGCCCGGAUUAAUGAUUUGUUCCAGGGAGUUAGUGGAUCAGCUGGAAGCAGAAACUAAAGGUAAGAAGCUGCCUGUUCCAUUAACGUACAUGAAUGAAGUUGGAUAUUGGUUUUAAUGAAUAUAAGAAGAAGACUACGUUUCUCCACUAAUGCGGGAUGUUUCAUUGAAUGUCUCAUAGUGAAUGCAAAAUUACGGGUAGGUGACAUGAUCAAAUCAGGUUGUUAUCCUGCUUCUGAGAUGAAUUAAGUUUGUGUUGUGUCAUAUAUGAUAAAUGCUACCAUAAAACCAGAGGUGUCAAUGUUUCAUUUGCAUGCUCACCAUAUGCUUGUGGAAUAAGAAUCUAGUAAGAACAUUAGAAACACAAGCAACUUGCCAAGUUCUCAACUUUACUCUAUAGAGAGAAGUGGAUAUAUUAAGAGCUAAUCUUAUCAGCUUACAUUGCUGCAUUACGGGAAAAAAAAAAAGGUUCCCAGCAAACAUUGGUUAUUUGAUGUUAAAAUGAACAAUAUAUGCUGUAAGUGGUGCAUUUAACAAAUGUUUUAUUGUGUAAUUAUUAAACAGCACAUAGCAAAUCAGUGAUCGUGGAGAUAGUUGAACUUGCUUUUGCUAAAUUGAUGUGUGAAAUGAUGAAAAAGAGAGGUUACUUGGACAGUAUCUCUUGUAAAGAAUUGGGAAUGAGAAUUAGAUCUUCACAAUUUCGUUUUA